GAUGAUAACUGUUGUGAAUCGAACUCAGAACACAAUUGUAUUAUCUUCAAAAUUCAAAAUUUUAUAAUGGGAAUUUCAGAAAAAAUGCAAAGCAAAUGGUACAUGCUCUCCCUGACCGGGUCGCUGAGUAAGGUCAACACCUUUGUGAGAAAGUAUACAGACCAAUCGGAGCGCGGUGGUGUGCUCAUUGGCAAGAAGAACGAAUGGGAAAGAAGAAAUUUUAGCCAGCCGAAAGAUACCUUGCCAAAUGACUCCAUAAUCUCGAACACCAGUCGAAGCAGUGGCGACAGCAGUCGCAGGACAAUGAAGAGAAGCAACAACUCCAAAACUCUCGAUGUUAGAAUCGAAUGCAAGAGGGCAAAGUGCGACGAGAAGGCUGUUGUAGCAGACUCUCCUCGCAUGCGGGAGUUCUUCAAGGAAGUUAAACAGCGGGAACUCAAGGAGUACUACCUCCGGAUGAGGGCCGCCCAAAGAAUGUCACAGCAAAUCGAAAGGCGAACGGAGCGCGACAUAAUGCACAAUGUAUACUGCAGGGGACCCAAAAAAUUGUGUUAAGGACAGUGGAGGGGUGG